GCUUCAUCACACAUUUCGAACAUCGACAAAAAAAUCACACAUAGGAAUCUGAUCUUAUUUAUUCACCUGAAUAUCUUCUUUUGUGUAAAGUUUCUUUCCAUUUAUUAAAGACCUAUAGAACAAGAUGAACAGAUCUAGAACAUUAACAGCAUACACAUUCAGACAAUUAAGGUCAUUCCAUAAUUCAAUUGCACUAGCAAGACCCCCAGCAGUAUCAGCUACAGCUCCAGAACCAGAACCAGAAUUUUUUGAAGAACAAAUCCAAGUUCAAGAAAAUGUUGGAGGUCAAUCAGCAUUAGAAUUAGCAAUGACUACAAAUAAACCAUUAAACACAUGGACAAAAUCUCAAAUUAAAGAAAUUUAUCAAACUCCUUUAAUAGAAUUAAUCCAUUCUGCUCAACUUCAACAUAGAAAAUUUCAUGAUCCAACAAAAGUUCAACUUUGUACAUUGAUGAAUAUUAAAAGUGGUGGUUGUACAGAAGAUUGUAAAUAUUGUGCCCAAUCAACUCGUUAUAACACUGGUGUUAAAGCUGAACGUAUGGUUCAAGUUGAUGAAGUGAUAAAAGCUGCAGAAGAAGCAAAAGCUAACGGUAGUACAAGAUUUUGUAUGGGUGCAGCAUGGAGAGAUAUGACUGGUAGAAAGAAUGGGUUGAAAAAAGUUGGUGAAAUGGUUAAGGCUGUUAAUGAUAUGGGUAUGGAAAGUUGUGUCACAUUAGGUAUGGUUGAUAAGGAACAAGCAAAACAAUUGAAAGAUGCUGGGUUAACAGCUUAUAAUCAUAAUAUUGAUACUUCAAGAGAACAUUAUAAGAAAGUUAUUUCAACAAGAUCUUAUGAUGAUAGAUUGAAAACUAUCAAGAAUGUUCAAGAUUCAGGUAUCAAAGCAUGUACUGGUGGUAUUCUUGGUCUUGGAGAAACUGAAGAUGAUCAUAUUGGAUUUUUAUAUACAUUAUCCACCAUGACAGCACAUCCUGAAUCAUUACCAAUUAAUAGAUUAGUUCCAAUUAAAGGUACUCCAAUGUAUGAAGAAGUUAAACAUAAACAAGUCAAAUUUGAUGAAAUUGUUAGAACAGUUGCCACAGCAAGGUUAAUUAUGCCAGAAGCCAUUAUUAGAUUAGCAGCUGGAAGAUAUACAAUGAAAGAACAUGAACAAGCAAUGUGUUUUAUGAGUGGUUGUAAUGCUAUUUUCACUGGUAAAAAAAUGUUGACAACAAUGUGUAAUGGUUGGGAUGAAGAUAAGGCAAUUAUUUGGAAAACAGAAAACCGAUUAAAAAAGUUUAGCCUGGAGAAAUAA